AUGUUCCGCUCGGCCAAAUCCAUCCGUCCGUCUGAAGUCUCGGCCAAAGUCCAAACCGGCCGAUCACGCAUCACGACCCGGGAAACAUUGUCCCGCGGUCGGCCACGCCACAACGCUCACGCCAGCCGCGCACGACCAAGCCGCGCGAGCCGGGAAAAAGCCUCGCGGCCGCGCAACCCAUCUCGCGUACCACGGCCGAUGCGCCGUCCGAGCCGGGAAGAACGUCCCACGUCCGGCCGAGAAACAUCGGCCAAGUCCAUUCACCGUCCGACCACGCGGCCGACCACGAAUCCGUCCGGCCCGACCGUUCCUCGACUCGGCCAUGACCGACUGUCCGGCCGAUCGUCCCGACCGACCGUCCCAACGCCGCGGUGCAUGACUAGGAGGUCCAACAAGGACAACCUAGUUGAACAUCCAGAGAUAGACAAGCUUGAGAAGCAACUUAGGAAGCAGAAAGCCCAAGAGAUGGCCGACGAAGCAGCUCGCGCUCACGCCGCUGAAGUGGCGCGCGCUCAAGAAGAAGGAAGAGAUCCACCUCCUCCUCCUCCUAAUCCACAAGACCUGCUGGAGAUGUGA